CGCCAUAAAAGGACUGGUUCGCACAGGCACACUAGAUGAUUCGUCAUCCGAAGUUUCGCUUGAAUCGGACGAAUCGGCAGAAAGCACUGAAGCGACCAUCGUUCCAUCCGGAAGCCCGUCAAAUUUGACAGCCGAGAUGCAGCAACUUAUGCAACUUGAAAUUUUUAACAAAACGAAAAACAACGAAACGGGAUCUUUAACAACUCAUAAAGUCGGCAGUUCAUCCAUAGCCCAGCAACUUCAGCCGGUCGCCAUCCGCCCUUUCUUUUACCCGACAGCGUUCUCACCUUAUUUCUUCCGAGCUGGUCCAUACCAAACAGGCUAUUAUCGCCCUUAUCUGAUGCCCGUUUUGAAUCCGUUUUAUCCAACAAAUCCAGCUACCGUUCAGGAUGAAGAAAUUUUGACGGCCAGACAGCCUUUUCCCGUUGACGACGAACUGAGUGAAGAGGAUGCACUCAAAGAACUUGAAGCCAUUAAAAAAGAGAUGGCCGAAGAUGCUGCCGCUAAACGUCACCAAGAUAGGCUGCUGCUCCCCAGCAUUUCGGUCAAUCCAGACCAUUCAUCUGUAACUGUUUCGUUAAAGAGCUUCGCUUCACUUUUACGAUCUUUAAACUCACGCGUGACCGUUACUUUGGCUACUAGAACGAUUCUUGUACCCAAUGUUUCGAUUAUUAACAACUGAUUAAACUGUUUCGUAUUUACUUGAUGUGAAAUUUUAAAUUGAUUAUAGGAUAUAUGGCACUCUUUCUCUUCUACAAUAAAAAAGUGUUGCUAAAUCGGACAGUUUUUCAUUGUUGCAUUUUUUUAGGUUAUUUGGUUCCAUUUCCACAAUGAAUAAAAAAUAUUUUUCCCU